AUGGGCACCCCUGAUAGUUAUCUGCCUCCUGCCUUGAGCGCGGAGACUAUUACCUCGUUGAUCCUAUCAUUGGACCUGCCUGCGCCAAGCUCCAUCGAGCCCUUGCAGGUUAAAGCCGCCUUUCAUUCCAUCUAUCUCAUCCAUUUCGCUUCGGUACAAGGUAUCACAGCACGAGGAAACAAGGAUGGCACCGUUACGCUCGUGCUGCGCGUCUCUGGACGGCAGCUACCCGGCAUCAAGACACGCAACGAGGUGGGCGUCAUGACCUGGGUCGUUAAGCAUACCUCUAUUCCCGUACCGGCCAUCAUCCGGUACGAUGCGACGGAGAACAACGUGAUCGGACAUGAGUUCACCCUACUCGAGAAAGCGUCCGGCAUCAGCGUCGAUCAGAUAUAUGCAACGCUAUCCGAUGAGGUCAAGAAACAGAUGGUCCACCAACUGACGGAUUAUCUGAUCGAGCUACAUGCGCAACCCUGGCAUGAGGGGUACGUGGGCGGGCUGACCCUGACACCGACGGGCGAGGUUACCUCCGGACCACCCAUCGACGAAAACUUUUGGCAGACUCCUGACCUGGACAAGUAUUGGUCUGCCUCGGCCGGAGUCAAGAGUACGGAGACACUCGAAAGUCUCAAUCCCAUACCAGCCGAGGGGUUCCCUAGUUACACGGCGUAUACGAACAGCUGCCUCGAGCGGUAUAUCCACGCGAUCGAGGUCCAUCCUUCUCUGGAGCCCUACCGCGAUUUGAUUCCCCGGAUCCGCGAGUUCAUGGUGCAGUUCCGGCGGCCAGACAACCAGGCAGAGCUCAACCGCGUCGCCUACAUCCUGGCACACAAAGAUAUGCAUUUUGCCAACAUCAUGUGCGACCCGGACCAGCCAGGGUGUCCAAUCACCGCGGUCCUGAGACUGGGAGUUCAGCGGGGUGGUUCCCGGCCCGAGGUGGAACCCCCCCGCGGGCAUUCCUGUGGAAUAUGA